UCACACUAUCUUUCGGCCUGAAAAGUGUGUCACAAGCCAAGCCCAAAGAAACUUAACUUGGGCUAAAAAAAAGUCCUUACCCAUUUAACAGAGGGGUUUUUACAUAGGCUGCUUUAUAUUUUAUAAUUUAACAGAAAAAGAACAUUAAUAUUAAUAAACAAAUAAAAGAAAAAGAAAGACAUAGUUCUUGAAUUGGCUUCCUUGAUGAGAAAGAAAAGGAUGAUCAUCCCCUUGAAGAUAAUUCAAGCAACAAGUUUCAAAAACAUCCAAGCAAACCUGUUAGAAUUCAUCAAUUCUCAAGCAAAGAUAUCGGAGGAUCCAAAGGUCGAUUAAGACGUGCAUGGAAUGACAACUAGACCGAGAGUUGAUGGAGCUAUUCCUAAACGCAAACAUCGAGCCAUCACUGGCUGUGAUUACGAAAAUUUCAAGCCUAUUUAUGAAUGGAUACAAGAAGAUGAUCAUGACAGUCUUCUUGUUUAUCUACCUGGAUUCUCGAAAGAGUUUAUCAAGGUUACAAUAGAAAAUCCAAAUAUUCUUCACGUUCUUGGGCAACGUCUGAUUCUAGGAAACAAAUGGCAUUGGUUUCAUGAAGAUUUCAAAGUUCCCGAAACUUGCAAAGUGAACGUAAUUCGUGCCAAAUUCGAUGGCGGAAUCCUCACCAUUACCAUACCUCACAAGAUCAUCAAUCCACCCACCAUCCAAGAACCCAUGAAAAGAGAAACACAAGAUACAAAAUCAACAAAGCCCAUUUCUUCAACUUUAGCUUCCACUAUUCCAUCACAGCCACCAUUAAAUAACCCUACAAAACCUAGCAAUGAAAGUAAAAAUGGUCACAUGUCAUUAGAUCAAGCCAUUGGAAGGAUUAAAGACGAAAGAAAGGUGAUAGUGAAGAUGGGAGUGGUGGCAACGACGGUGGUGGCGGUAGCGUUGGUGGCAGUUGUGAUUUAUAUGUUCCCUACUUUGUUGGAAAUUCAAGUAUAAGGAAUUAAGUAAAAAAGUUAUGAAAUUUGCGAAUGGUUCACAUUAUAAAAUUUUAUUGGUGC